AUGGCUUAUGCUGCUGCAAUUUCUCUUAAGCGCACAAUACACAGCCUUCAAAUCGCUUCACAGUCCUCUGUUCAUCCAAAUAAUCCAAGCGGUCCAAAAAUUCUGGACGACACAUACAACACCGUUAACUCCCUGCAACAAGUCCUCGAAAAAUCGGACAUCAGGAAAAACCGAACCCCGAGGUUGCAUUCAUUGGAUCGACAAAUCGGACGGGCAUUGUGUGAUUUAGAAGAUUCGUUCGAAACCCACCUCUGGAAUCAUGUCCUUCUUACACAAUCCCUUGAAAGUCAACCAUUGGGGUCAACGCCUCUUAACCUCCAGGGCCUAGAAGAAGGCGUUCGGUUAUUCGCACGGUCCGUGAAGACGAUGAAGAAGGCGUACAAGAAAGAACUAAACAGCAAGCCGUUGCCCGAAGAAGAUGAUUUUGUUUGUUCUGUUCUUGGGAGGCCGAAGAAGAUUGUUGGAUUUUCUGAAGUGCUUAUCACGAUAAAAGACGAGCUUAGAGUUAAACGGCCGUGGCAUGAAAGUAGAAAAGUGGUCACGAUUGUUGGCAUGGCUGGCAUAGGUAAGACCGCGGUUGCUAAAGAAGUUUACGAAGAUGUAUCCGGCGAAUAUGAUUGCUGUGUGUGGGUCAAUAUAGGCCCGAAAUAUGUAUACAGAGACGUUAUGCUAUCUCUUCUUGCUCAGAUCAAUCCCAGUGGUCACGAUAAAAUACUUCCGGAAGGAGAUAUGAAAAUAGCUUCUUUUCUAUGCAGAAGUUUGAAGGGCAGAAGGUAUCUAAUCAUUUUGGACGAUGUAUGGGACAGAAAGGUUUGUAGCCAGUUGACAUCAUCGUUUUCGGAUGACAAAAACGGAAGUCGGGUCUUGCAGACAACUAGGCUGCAUGAUGUAGCUCUGUUUACUAAUGAUCACGAAAUACGGUUGCUGGGUAAAGAACAAAGUUGGGAGCUUCUUUGCGAGAAGGUUUUUGGUGAUGGAGAAAAGUGCCCUCCACAACUGGAGAAAUAUCGAAAAAUGAUAGCUGUGAGCUGUGAAGGCCUUCCUCUAACGAUCGUCACAGUUGGCGGCAUGCUGUCCAAAGCCGAGAAGACAUUGGAGUAUUGGAAGAAGGUGGCCGAGAAACAACACUCGGUUUUCAAGGAUGCGUAUGAGAUGAUGUCGAGGAUACUUUACCCGAGAUAUUACUACUUACCUCAACACCUGAAAGCAUGCUUUCUAUAUAUGGGUGUCUUUCCGGAAAAUAUCAAGAUCCCCGGCUCCAAACUAAUCAAGUUAUGGAGUGCCGAGGGAUUUCUACAACCCGACACAUCCCAAACCGUGGAAAAUCUUGCCUCGAGAUGCCUGGCGGGCCUCGUUUCUAAUUCUUUGGUUAUAAAUCCCCAGAAGAGCUCCUAUAGUAGCUACUUCAAGGAACCUGUCAGGAUAAAGACUUGCGCCCUCCAUUCUGCCUUCUGGCAUAUAAGCACGCGAGAAGCUGAGAAGGCCAAGUUUCUGCAUAUCUUGAGUAGUUAUGGUGAAGGUUUUGGGGAAGAUAUAAAAGGUCAGCGCCGGUUGUCCGUUGGUAAAAGCGUUUUAUUCGGCAUCAAAGAUGUGCGUAACUCGAUGGAGUCCGUUUCAACAAUGCAUUCUCUCCUUUGCGUGGGGCCGCCUCAUAUGUAUCCAGUGCCGAUAUGUUUCGACCGUUUAAGGCUGUUAAGGGUGGUAGAUGCUGAUACUGUUCGUUUUUACCGUUUUCCGGUGGAAGUAUCGAAGCUAGUCCACCUUAGGUACCUUGCACUCACUUGUGACCAGGAGAUCCCAGCUGGCACUGUGUCCAAACUCCGCAACCUUGAGUCCUUGAUCGUCGGCCGUUAUCUGUUCAUUAAAAAAUCAUCAGUUGGAGCAGAGCCUUUUCUGCCUGUGGAUAUAUGGGACAUGAAAGAACUGAAGCAUCUUCAGGUCACGGGAUUUGACCUGCCGGCUCCGCCGUGCAAUGACUCUCUCUUACCUAACCUCCUAACACUUUCGGAUGUUAGCAUUCGCAGUUGUACUGAGAGGAUUCUAGAAAGAAUCCCGAAACUCAAGAAAUUGGGAAUUCGGAUCGAAUGGAAGCCUACCGUGGGCUCGUGCUGCUUUCGAUUCGAAAUGUCCCAUCUCCACAAGGUGGAAUCACUUAAAUGUGUCGUCUUGAAUCCUAACCUCGGAUGUCAACUUGCGGCUCGCCCUUUAUUCGAUUAUUACAGAACAUUCUCGUCACAUCUCCAAAAGUUGAGCUUAACGGGGCUUGGGUUCCCCUGGCGAGACAUGAGCGAGAUUGGUAGAAUGGACAACUUAAAAGUGCUCAAACUGCGUUGCUACGCCUUUCGUGGUCUCAAGUGGGAGACGGGGCGCGAUGCAUUCCCGAUGCUUAAUUUCCUUCUCAUUGAGGAUUCUGAUGUGGUGGAGUGGAAUGUCGGGCACAACAGCUUCAAAUAA